UAAAAAAAAUUAAUUAAAACGUUUUGAAUUACGUUAAAACAAUUCAUGGUUCUUCAUAAUGAUAAAUGGAAAAAAAAGGCUAGUAAAAAAUAUCAUAAUAAACAUGGAACAGCUUCAGGUUUAGACUCAAAAAAAUCAUUGGCAAAAAAAAUAGAUAUUUCUUCUGAAGAAAAUCUUGAUGAGUCAUAUGAAUUGCCAUCUAAUAGUUGGAAAUAUGAAGAAACAAUUAUUUCUGAUGAAGAUAUAUGUAUUGAUUAUACAAAAGUUUUAGCAAAAGAGUUUACGCUACCUGAGCCUGAGAUUAUUUCGAAUGAUCAACUACCAAAAAAUCGUAUUGGAAAAGGAAAACUGAUAUAUGAAAAUCCAGAAAAUGUUUAUCAUUUACGUCGUCAAAUAGAGAAUGAAGCUUCAUUAAAAGAAAUAAAAAAAAAAUAUAAUUGCAGAGUUAAAGUACGUACAGUCAAAGGACUUUGUUUAGACAUGGAGAAAUCGGCAUCUGAUAUUGAAGAUAUUGAUGAGCUUCUGAAAAAAACGGAGUUUGUUGAAAAAAAAAUAGAUAAUAAUAUUCCUCAAGAAAAACCUAUACAGAUGAAUACAAUAAUUAAGGAUAAAGAAUUAGAAGGUUUCUUGGAUAAAUUGUUAGAUUAAAAUUACAAAUGUAAUUAUAUUUUUAUAAAAAAUAUAUAGCUCA